AUGAAGAAUAACAAAAAAAUUAUGGCUAUGGUCGUCGCUGGCCUGCUUCAAGGUUCACUUUCUCAGAGCACGACAUGGUGCGGGAAGAACUUCAUGCCAAAUCAGUCUGUUGUACCCCCUGGCGGACAGUUUGUCUUGCCAACGCAGAGUGCUGAACCGCUUCUGUCGUUCCGCUGUGCCCCUGUCUUCCGUCCAUACCUCGAGGAGGAUGCGAAGAGUGCAGCAUUUGUAGUGGAUACACCAAUUGUUUACGACUGGGUUGCCGGUGCUGAGCGCAUCUCACUUUCUUCCGGUUCUGGCUCUUCCGGUGGUUCCGCCGACUUAGGAAGUCUCUGUGUUACCAUUAGCGUGGGCUCCGUCCACACCACCGCAAACGUUGCUCUGAACUCCACCGGCAUUCAAAUUCCCGUUGAUAUCAGCAAUCUCAAGGCUCAAAAGACCGCGUACGAUGUCAGCUGCUCUGCUACAUAUUCUUCGAAGUCGCAGCCCGCAAACGAACAAACAUUCAACACUAGCUCAUCCCUUUUGUAUCUUCCUGACACAGAUGCUUCAGUCACGAAGACAGACUUGCGCACUGGUGCACUGUGGGUCCGGCCUCCAAGCGGCGAGGGUGGAGCAUUCGCCCCCUUCAUCCCUCAAGGAUUCUACGUAAAUUUCGACCAGCAUCUAGCCUCAAAUCUGUCUAUAAUCGAUCAGCUGAAAGCCGAUGGGUUUAACACUCUUCACCCAAUUCCCCCUUACGACAACCUCGAUAUUUUCCAACAAGUCAUCGAAAAGACCAUCAGUGCCGGCAUGUACAUCGUUUAUGAUAUGCGAUCGACCUACCAAAACCUGACCGCUGUCGCUGAACAAGUGAACACCUACGUCUCUAUUCCCAACCUCUUGAACUGGGAGACCGCACACGAGCCAGAUGGCAACUCUGACCCCCAAAAUGCGGCGCAGGCAGCGUAUGACUUGAUAUACCAAAUGGAUGGAUAUCAUCCUAUCUCAAUUGUUCUGAAUUGCCAAGACUACAACUUCUCGCCUUAUGACGCUUAUCCCAUUGGUAUCAACGCCACAUGGUCUCCUGUGUGGCACACAGAGUGUACUCCGGACUUCGGUCACUGCGGUUGCGACAACUGCCAGGGGGACAUGUGGGAUGUGAGGGCCCGCAUGCAGACCUUCAAAGACAGGCUCAACAUCUUGGGAUUUGACCGCACCAAGGCUGUGUGGACAACGCCCCAGGCCUUUGGUAGUGGCGCAUACUGGAACACAACUCCUACUGGCCAGCAAUGGGUUGCUAUGGGAUUCACUUCCUUCAUCCAUGGUGCUCUAGGUUCCAAGUCCUUCCAAUACCCGACCACAACCGGCAGUGUCGAGACGAUCGAGGGGACAGCGGCUCACAUCGGCGUUGUCAUCACAGACGUCAUUCAGCCCUUCAUCGUCGACCCGACUGCCACAUUUUCCAGUUACGACCACCAGGGUGUGGAUGCCGGUCUCUGGUACAAUGGCACUGCAUACUUGCUCAUCGUUAGCAACUUGGGCGAAGCGCAGGUUUUCCUUCCAUGGAAGGAGGUUGGAUUGUCGAUCACCUCCAACGCAACGACGCAGUUACAGCGCAUAUUCUCUAUUAACCAGAAUACCACCCUCACUGGUCUGAACUUCGAACCUGGAGCUGUCGGUGUUUACACUGCGACGCCCUGA